UCUGCCUAAGCCCAAUUCUCUGGCUGUGAACACAAUAUGACUUCCUUCAGUCCCCCUAAGUCACACAUCUAGACCCAGAGUCAAUGUGCCUCCCCUGGAGACCCACUGCCAGACAAGUCUUCUGGUUUUGGGACUUCUAUAGGGGACAAGCUUGUCCCUGCAAAGCAGCAUUUUAACCACUUCCCUCAGAGUUUAUUUGCAUGUUGACUUGCUUCUCCACUGUGCAUUUGCAUGCAUUUACCUUCCAGGGAUGUAUUGUUCUCUAGUUUUGAGUUCAUUUCUCUAGUUCCCAGAUCACUUGUCCUCCCAGCUUGUCUCCUGGCCUCUUGGCUUGUCCAUUCUCAAGCUUUCAGGGCAAUUUCUGCUCUUAGACUUGUUGCUACCUUUUCCUCCCCAUGGGGCUGAGUCUUUGCAUUAGAGGAAUGAACUAGAACCUUUGCCUCCUUCUGAACACAGCCUGGAAAACAGGACAGGGAGCAAAAGAAUCGCAGUGGUGCUCCACCUUGGGGAUCUGACUGUGUCCUCUCACUUCACAGAAUGGCUCUCCAUCUUCCUUAGGAGUUCUUCCUGCACAGGAGUCCUGGGGGUGAGACUUUCUUCCUGAAACAUGCAGGACAUGAGCCCUCAUGGAGCCAGCUCCUGCCUGGCCUUCCAGGCUGUCAUUUCAAGAAUGGGUAGUAGUGACAGCACAUGCUCCUGGCCCUGCGAGUGAGGGCCUUUCCACGUGCAGCCUAGAAACCAUGCUCUGCAGUGCCCAGCUUCUCCCAACACCACCUGGGCUGCUGGGCUUGGGUCCGCCCAGAGAGGAUCUCUUUAUCCAGGGCCUUUAGCACCACUGCCACACAUUUUUGGCUUUUGCCAUGCAGGAUCCCCUCUAGGCCUCCCCUCUGCCGUAACUCUUAGCACACAAGCAGGACAAGGAGCACAUUUCGUGUCUUCCCUCCUCCACACAAGAGCCAGCCCAGCACAGGAGCCUUAGGCCUGCUGUGGUGCAGCCAGCUGGAGGGGCACAGUCCCUGAAGGACAGAGCUGACCAGCACGUUCCUCUGCUGGCUGUCCACUCCUGGGGUCAGCCUGCAGUGAGCAGCAGCCCCUGCUGGGUCUGGACACGGCCCCCUCACCCUGGCUGCAGGAAGAAGGCAGGAUUCCAUUCAGGGAACAGGCCAGGAAGAGAACAAGGGUGAUUGAUCAGUGGAAUUUGGGAUGAAUCAGGAUCUGGAUGAGUCUGUCUCCAUGUCCCUCUGAGCCCUGAGACCACAGGUCCUGGAGCUCAUCCUUCCCUGCAAGACUUGACAAGGCCAUGGUGGAGCGUAACAUCUCUCCACUUCUGGAGCCCUGGGGAGCUGACUAAUGUGAAAGGUGGAACCUGUAUGGGUCCAUCUCCAGAAGGCAGCAGGGCUGGAAUCAUCUCCUACAGCAAUGAGAGCCAUUGUCUCCAAAUAUCUGAAGCAUAAAAGGCCUGAUGGAGGAAACCUCAUCCUGAGGGCAACGGGGAGGCCAGCAGAUACACACAGAGGGUCUUUGAAAUGGGUGUGAGUGCUGCAGCCUGCAUCCCCACUUGGCUGAGAGGGAAUAUUGUGUGGAAGACUGAUUGCCAGGCAGUUGGUAGCAUCCCUCCCUCCUCUGCUCUGAACACUUCUAACUCAGCCUCUCUUCAUGUGAAGGAGGUCCAUCCCAAAGAUGCUCCAUUUGCCUUGUCAGGGCCUGGGAACCUUCUCUCAGUUACUCCUGCCUGGCAAAGACUGCAUUUGCAAUGAGAUUGGCUAUUUCCUGUCAGUUCCUAGGACACAUGGUCAGUGGCAUGGUCAGCUGCGUGAGGAACAACCUGCAGAGAACAAUCCAGCAUUGUCCCCAAGCCUUUGGGGGCUCUCCAGAGAAAAGGCCAUAUUCCCUCUCUGUCUUGGGCACGUUCACUCUGUGUCCUGCUACUGCUGCCCAGGUGAGACUGCAGGUGCUGCACAGUGGGCUGGAGAGGCUCUCUAAGUUGGUGCUCCCACAUAUUGGCUGAACAGAUGUCUUGGAAAGAAGGACACAGGCUCCCACAGGGUGGGGAUCAAUACCAAAGCAGAACAUCCAAGUGGGAGUCUUCCCAAGGGAGUCUUGCAAACAAAUGCUCAAAUUGGCCAGUGUUUGCCCUCCUGAAGCCUCUGCUUGUGAUCCUGGCUUUUGCCCUGCAGCCUUCUCACACGAUCCUGCAUCCCAACGUCUCAGAAUUACUGCAGAUAAGCUGGCACCCAGCCUCUACUUCCCCAGCAGUUCAGCUUCAUUGGGGAGUGUGAGAGCCAGCAGAGUCCAUUUCCUCCUGGCGUCCUCCAUACCCUGUCUCCCAAAGGUCCAUGAAAAGGAACCUCCAGUGUCCUCCUGCAUUUAUUUCAUCUUUCCUGCUGAAAACAAAGCUCAGAAACUGCAGCACAAGUUGCAGAGCCUCACAGCUGCCUCUGUCAGCUGUCCCCCACCCACUGCUGGGGCUCAGGCCUGUGGGGCUGGUUUCCAGGCUGUGAGAGGGCAAAGCAACCAGGCACAGUGGGAACAACUUUCUCUGGUAUGAUUCUAUCUUCCUGUAUUGUCCCUGUUGCCAGCACUUCUGCUGUGCUUUCUGCCUUUCACUUUGUUAGUAUUGCCUUCCAGGCUACUUGCCCUUAUGUCAUUGUUGCAGAUAAGUCUUUCCCUUCAAUCAUUUGGAAUUCAAGAAAACUGCACAGCAGGACUGCUCAGGGGGUUCAGGUUGAUGGAGGAACUGCCAUCAACCACUGAGAAAGAGAGAACGUCCUCCACCAAGUUCAUUUCUGAACAGGAGCACUCUUGCUGUUCUUAGUACUUGGAACCCUCUCCAGCCUUACCCAUGCCACUUCAUGUUGGUCAGAUGGCCUGGACAGCAGCAAGUGACAGAAAUAGGAGUGUGAAUGCAGACAGCCGUGUGAAUUCAGUUGCUGCAACUAUUUCAGGGGGCAUUUGCACCAAACCAAGGCUGUUAAAGGAGAACAUGACCACCAGCUUAACAGUAACCAGGGCAUUAGGGAAAGGCUUCUGAGGCACAGAAGAAACAGUCUGAAAACAAAGUUUAGAAGAAGCAAGAACAGUUUGAGAGAGGAGAGAAGAGUGGGAAGGAAGUGGCCACCGAGCCCAGGGUGCUCUGCGGCUUGGCCACUUCUGUCUGUAAGAAGCUCCCUGGCAGCUGAGUGCCAUGGGUGACCUUACUGAUGGCAUUGAAAGAUGUAGCAAGCCCAGACCCACAGCUCUGCAGUGUGACAACGUGACCCUGUGCUUUCACCUCUGGUUCACAGGCUGCUGGAGGAGGUGUGGAUACUCAUGAACCCUACAUCUCCAGCAGGAAGUGUGUGGGACCAGGGGAUGCCCUGCUUCCACCAAAGGGAUGUGUUCUUGCAGCUGCAGUCCCUGAGGGGCUGGUAGGAGACUGGAGGUUGUACAAGUUUUGUGAAUGUGUUUUUCUGUGGGGUGAGAGCUUGUGAUCAUUAGUUACAUCAAGAUGUUUAGAAAUGUAGGCUCCGACACUACCUGCAGCCUGUUGUAGACAAAGUAACAGAAUCAGAGCAUAUCUUCUACAGAGAGCUCAGGCUUGUCCUCCCCUGUAAGCAGUUCUGUGCCCUGAUCUUCUGGUGCUUCAGCUGAAAUGCCUGUGCUGCUGCUAUGAGCUCUCCUAUUCCUGUGUCUCUGCACCCAUGCAUUCCUCAUCACAGAGAGAAACCAGCUGAUGGAACUAGAGCAAAGGCUGAGUUCCCAUCUCAGUCCAUUCAGAGGACAUUGGGAUCCAGUCGGGACCCUUUAUCCUUAGGGAUAUCCUUAGGAGUAUGAGACUGCUGGACAGGAAUCCAGACCUCCUUGAGAACUCCAGAAACACAACGUAGUUCUGCAGCUUUUGUAGUCAUAACCAAGGCAAAAUUCCUGAUCUGUCAUGCAAAGGGACUCCAGCACCAUCAACUGAUCCUUUCUGUCCUCCAGUCCCACAAAGACAGGGCAUAUUGAACUGCACUGCCCAAAGCUCCAUUCACACUUCUACAGGAAUUAGUUAUUUUAAUUAUUAAUAAGAGUAUUGGCAAAUCAGUCACAGAUAUGCUUUCCUCUCAUUUUUGGUUCCCUUCUGCAGGCUGUGCUCAGUGGGCUUAACCCUUUGCUAGCAAAUGCCAAAUAUACCUGCCCGAUGUAUUCUCACACACAUGGAACCUCAGCAGGAGAGAGCAGGAAGCAGAGAGGGAAGGCCAUGCAUGACCUGUGGAAGUGCCUGAAACUGUGCAAAGGGAGAGGUAGUGAGCAGCAGAGAUGCUCCCCUUCAUCUGUUUCGUUUGUCUUGGUGACUUUGUGUGUUGCAAUGAGCAUCUUGUGAAAUGUCCUGGCAGGGAAAUGAUGAAAAUUCCCCAACCUCCAUGUGCUCUGGGGUACACCAGUGUGGGAGGUGGCCUGUGCAGGAGGAAGGCUGUUUGUGGCCACACUGGUAACAGGGACCCUUGGAGAAGAGUGAUCCUCCUGCAGAGAGGAUGAAUGGCCAAGGGAGAGUCAGUCCUGGAAGUGCAGCCCCAGCAGAAGAGAGAGGUUGCUCCUGGCUGAACAUCUGGGUUUUCCUUAUUUUUGCCCUUCCAAUCAAAGCUGCUUUUGUGACCAUCGGCCUCGUGGCUUUACUUGAUGGAAGCUCUGGCCAUUACAAGAUUCUCCUCCAGAACUCUACAGAGUGGCGCUGUGUCCCCAGCAGUUCUGCAGAGAAAGUGGAUGGCUGGACGUGCUGCCCCAAGGGCUGGAAAAGGUUUCAAGGAAGCUGCUAUUUCCUGUCCCGUGAUACAAUGUCAUGGUCUGAGAGUGCACAGAACUGCAGUGGGAUGGGCUCCCAGCUGGUGGUGAUCAGCAGCAAGGCAGAGCAGGAGUUCCUCUUCAACUUGGCAAAAGAAAAAGCCACUAGGAUGUAUGAAACAAAAUUCUACAUAGGCUUAGCUGCUUACAAAAAUGGGAAGUGGCAGUGGGUGGAUCAGACUCCAUAUGAGAAUACAGCCACCUUCUGGAAGCCUGGGGAGCCCAAUUUACUCUUUGCAGAAAAAUGUGCAGCAAUUCAUGUCAAGGGAAACACAGACCCCAACACUUACAGUAACUGGAAUAAUGUCCUUUGCAUCACAAGUUGCUAUCGAAUUUGUGAACAGGCAGUCAAACUUCUCUGAGAAAGGACAUAAAAUCCAAGCUUCAAAGUACCUCAGUUCCCAGCCUGUGCCCCUUCAUCUCUUUACAAGCUGGAGAUCAUUCCUGGAUGAAAUAGCUCAGGCUGAUGUCAAGGACCUACUGUGAACCUUUAUACCCUCCUGCUUAGGAAACAAGGGUCCUAAUUCUCCAUCCUUUUCCUUGACUCCUGGUCCAGACAAUAUCUCAAUGAUGUGGAAAAGGCCAUCACUGUUUCAUGAAAGGAUACUUGUCCUUCAAAUCACUGGAGCAGAAUUUGAAAGAAAAGCAUUCAGUGGAGUAUCCUUGUCCCUGCUCUGAAGGGAAAAAUUAUUCAUGGCUGUAGUGUUUCCUUCUUCUUCAGUACAUUGUGUGUUGAUUAGUUUUUUAAAAAAAUAAAUAAAUGUUAAUUUGGUUCUUUGCAUGACGAUGUCUUCUCAGUGACGUGUCCCAGAUUCCCUCAGUCCAGCCUCCCAACACAGAGGUUUUAACUUUUCAGUGUGUUCAGCACCUGUAGAUGAGAAUAUUGCUGAGUGUGCUGGACUGGCUGGGAGCAGGAAGAGCAUGUGAGGAAGGUCCUGAACACUCUGGAGAAUCAUUUGUGAAGACAGAAACAGAGCAGGCUGUGUAGUAUUCAGUGCCAGGCAGUUUGCCCAGGAUGUAGCAGAAAAAACGAUGAUGUAGCAGGAAAAACGAGGGAUGUUGGAGAUUCAGCCGAGAUAUGGCAGGAUGAGGCAUGGCAAUGAAGGUGAGAGAAAGCAAUUAAAUGUAACAAGAAGCAAAAAAGACAGAGUCCCCUAAGGAGAAAUUUCUAAUGAGAGAGAAGGGUGGAAGACCCCUAUCAGAGGCACCACUGCAAAUCAGAUACACAAAAGUCUUGAGCAAUGUUCUGCUCCCCUAAAAUUUCCCAAACUCCAGUCUGUAUGUUCCUCCCUUUUAUCAAUGAUAUCCAUAUUCUUUGAGGAGCUGGGAGUUUCCAGUUUGGGACUAAAAAUACAACCUGAAAAAUCAGUUCUGGGUGAUUUUUUUUUUUUCCCCAUCAGAAAUGCAAAUACAAAUUUUUAUCAUUUCUACCUGAAAAAGUGUAUUUUCCAAGUUUCUGGUUUAGCUACUGGACCAAAAGCUUGGCUGUUGCAAAGCAUUUGCCUCCUAGUUUCUAAAGUUGCUGGAUACUUUCACAAUGUAGAAAACUAUUUUUUGUCCAACAUGACCACAAACCCAAACAUUGCAAUGGACUUCCCGAUUUCCCCCAGCUCAGUUCUGCAACUUACAGCAACAGGGUUUUGAGGAAGAAAAAGAGCCAGAUAAGACACGCAGAGAGUGACCAAUGUUUUACAAGCGGUUUUAGGGGCGCUGCAGUUCUGGUUCCUGGAAGGUUAAUGGGGCAGAGCAAAACCCACACCAGGAGACUGGUUUGCAACAAAAUGCAUGUAACUUGCUAGAAACAGUCUCUCUGCCCCAAAUUUGGAAAAAAAGAUUUUCUUGAGAUGUCAUGACAAAAGAGGAAUCUUGGGAGAUGAUGCUGGGUUUGCCUACAGAAUUGCUGAAGGGAUGUUCCUGAUCCCCUCUUCAAUAUGGAUUUGGCUGAUGGAGGUGCCUAUCUCCAGCAGAUAAGAAUCUGUCUUUACCCCUCAAGUCUGUCUUGAUUCAGGAGGCAGAAGAUGCCACAGCAAGAGGAAGAGGUGACGAUAGAUAGUUAGGUACAGCACUUUCAGAAACCUUCAGAAGGACAUUCCUGCAUACUGAACCCAGGGCUUGGGUGGGAAGGACAAAAAGUUUAUCAGAAUAGCAUUCUUCAUGAUGACACCUGCAGUCCUUCCUUUCAGGUGGACAUCUUGGCCACAUCCCAGCUGCCUCUCAGAACAAGACCUGGAUGCUUACCACUCCUUGGCACAUUAACUUUUGCUUUGGAAAGGAACUUGGGUCUGAGGAAAGGAGCCACGGUAACAUUCACU